AUGUAAUAUAGGUCAAACAAGCCUCCUCAAACAGUCAAGAAUCAAGCGGUGUCGUUCUUUCCAAAAUAAACCUUUUCUCCUGCAAAGUCACAUAUUGAACACUUUGUUUCUGAAAAUCCAACUCCACAUUAUAAAAAAUAAUCGUAACCUUACCCACCCAGAUAACCCUCAUUCAAUAUUUCAAGUGGAGAAAGCUUGGAACAUAAUCUCAAAAAAAAGUAGAAUUCAAACUUUAGUUAAGAAAAGAAGGCUCAAAAAUAGUUGUUUAAUAUUUUGUUUAAUAGUACAAAGCGCAAUGGAAGUUUUUGCAAAGAAAUGAAGAAGUAAACCAGAUAAAGUAAUCCAAUACAAAAUUGGUACCUUCCGAAUAAGUAAAAGCUCUCCCAAACCAUGCAAAAAAAGUAAUCCAAAAUAAACAACAGCAUGGAGGGAUAAUAGACAGUUGAUAUGAGCUUUGAGAACCACCUCAUCAAAGGUCUUUAAGAACACAGUGGAUUCUAGAGUGAUACAACUAAACCUCUCGAUGAUUACAACCCUAGAGCUAUUAAAUUCUUGGAGAAAGGCAAACAAUUAUUAAGAGAGAAGCAAAUUGAAGAAGCUAUUGAACAAUUGAAAAAGUGCUUAGAAAGCGAUAUAAGAAUAUUGGAAGGACAUUACUUUUUAGGUAUAGGCUAUCUUGGUAAAUAACUCUAUUCAAAAGCAAUAGCAGAAUUUCAAUAUGUAAUCUAAUAGGAUGCUGCACAUAGAAAGAAUAUUUAUUUAUUGUUAGCAAUAUCUCAUAAAAAAAUGAAUGAGAUAGACUCAGCAAUCUAAAUUCUGAAUAAAGUCAUCUUAAUGUUCCCAAGAUAUUAUGAUGCCUUUAUUUAUAGAGGUAAACUCUAUACCAAACUAAAUUAAAUUGAUAAAGCAGAAUAAGACUUCAAUAUGGCCAUUCAGUUAAGUCCUCAAAAAGGAUUAGGCUAUUUGGGCAAAGCUGAUUGUUUUAGAAUGCAGAGCCAAUAUAAGGAAGCCAUUAAAUGUUAUUAAAAGGCCAUAAACUGUGAGUAGGCUGUGGGCAAUGCUGCUUUGCUGAAAAAAGCAAUAACUCUUUUUGAAAGUCAAGAAUAUGACGAAUGUGCAAUAGAUUUAAGUAAACUAUUAGAAACUGACCCUACGAAUUCUGAAGCCUACUACUUUAAAGGACUUUGUAGAUUAAAAACAAAGAAUCCUACCGAAGCCUUAUUAUGUUUUGAAUAAGCGAUCAAACAUAAUAAUUCUAAAAAAGCGGUCACUAAAUCGCUCUAUGAAAUUGCCAAAAUGAAGAUUGAAUAAAGAGACUUUUAUGCCGCAUUUCAUACAUUCAAUAGAUCGGCACUUUUAGAUACUGAUAAAACCUACUUAGAGAAAUUUAGAUUAUUUACUGAAGCUGUCAUUCAUUUGAUGAAAAGAAAAUUUCAGGAGAGUCUUAACAAUUUUCAAGAAAUUCAAAGUCAUCAUUAGUUAAAUGAUUUUCUUAAGCCUUUGUUCUAUGCUUAUCGAGCUUAUGGUCAUUUUUGUUUGUCCAAACACCAAAAAGCUUUGGAGGACUAUAAAUAUUUAUUGGAAAUUCAACCAGCUGAAUCCAGUGUUCAUUAUAAUAAAUUCUUAUGUGAGGGCAUCUUGAAAAUUUAAGCAGGGCAAUUCAAUUCUGGCAUGGAAUUCUUUCAAAAAGCAUAAAAGAUUUUCCAAAAGAAAAUGGAACCUUCUUUCUAUUAGGGAGCUACAUUGAUAAAUUAAGCCUUUAAAAAAAAAAGCGAUCAAUACAAGGAUAUAGUCAAAGGGUUAGAAUUGUUGGACAAGGCUCAAAGUUUAAAUGACUAGAAUGCAAACAUCUAUUAUGUGAGAUCCAUAGUGAAGUGCUUUUUAGGAUAAACUAAUGAGGCUUUGGCAGAUAUUGAGUCAGCCAUUCAAAAAUCAGAAGACAAUGUUGCUAAAUAUUUUUAUUUUAGGGGAAUGGUGUAUGGAAUUCUUAAAUAAUAUCAUCACUCUUUAAAUGAUUUUAGCAUCUGUUUAACAUUGGAUGAAACUCUUCCUGAUGCUUAUUUAAAUAGAGCUAAAUGUCAUUUUUUAAGUGGAGAUUCCAAUUCUGCCUUCCAGGAUUUACAAUAAUAUGAUCCAAGAAUGCAUGUUUGGGCUGGCAACUUUUUAUUUGCCAAUGCUGCCAUAGAGGAUGCAAUCAAAGCCUACUCCAAUAAUAAAGAUUUCAAAAAUAACCCUAAGUUGUUACAGUUAAGAUCGGAAUGCUACAUGGUUUUAAGUGAUUUGCGCAGUUGUUAAGAAGAUAUCAAUAGACUUCAUAAAUUGACUAAAGAUUAAACUGCAGAAUUUGAUAAGGAUAUUUUAUAAGCCUUGAGAUUAGUAUUUAAGGAUGAUCAAUAAAUAUAUUUUAAUGAAGAAAGCGAGAGUGAGCAACAUGAAUUAAAAAAUAAUUUAAAUAGAGCUGUCAAUAGUCUAAAGUAACUAACAAGAGGAAAAGGAAGGUUAUUUUAGUAGUUCCAUGCGUUUAUAUUUAGAGGAGUAUUCUUGUUUCAUUUGGAGAAAUAUGAAGAGGCAUUGAAGGAUUUCUAAAUGGCAAAAAGUCAGAAGGAACUUUCAAUAACAGAAAAACGACUAAGAUAGAGAGGAAGCCAAACUGAUUUAUUUAGUGACGAAGAGUUUUUUGAACUUACUGAAGACGAGGAAGAUGCAGAUCUAUUAGAAAUCUUAGAGAUCAAAUUUAAUGAAUUGAUUUGCUUAAUCAUUUUAAAAUAAUUUAAAAAAGCAAAAGAGAAAUGUAAAUAGUUGAUUGAAAAUAUAAAUGAGGCAAAAUAAGAAGGUUUGUAAAUUCUCUUAAUGCAUAUUGAAUAAAUCCUUUUGAAGGAUUAACAAUCUAUUGAUUACUAACGAGUGAUCUGCUUAUAUGAUGAACCCAAAGAAAAUAUUAUUUGUUUCUAAGUUCCUAUUGUAUAUGUGGAUGGAUUUAAAAUUAGAUUAUCUUUUAGCUUGCCCAAAUUAUCUCCUCCAUCAUUAUCAAUAGUUUUUGAUAAAUAGUUAAUUUAAAAUAUCGGGCCUUUGUCCGUUGAAAAUAAACCUGAAGCUCCAUGGAUCAGAAGAGAACAAUAAGAUGAUAUGAUAAUAUUUACUGAUAAUGUUCAAAUCGUUGAUGAUAUUAGAUUAGAAACUGAAAUAGAGGAUGAUGAAAUUACUCAAAUAAAAAAUAAUUUAAUGUUGGAUAAGGAUAUCGAAGAAAAGUUGUAACGAUUUUUUUAAAAUAAAAAAUAAAAAUGAUGUUAAUAUUCUUAUCAUCACUAUCUUU